AUGCACAUCCCCCCAUCUCAGGUAAAACGGGUUGCCUUCUCGCCAGAUGGCAAGCAGCUAGCAUCCGCAUCAGACGACGGGACAAUACGGCUCUGGCACAUCAGAUUUGGGGAGCUACGACGGAUACUUAAGGGUCAUUCAGGCCAGGUGUGUGAUGUAGCCUUCUCAUCAGACGGCAAGCAGCUAGCAUCUGCAUCCAGCGACAAGACAGUGCGGCUUUGGCACGUUGGAUCUAGGGGACAUUAA